AUUUGUUAAAAAAAAAAACAAAUUUACAUUGCUUUGAAACAAUAAUACUACAGCAUACCGUCCGUAUAUAGCACAUGUGAUUCCCAAUACCCAGUAGCCUGUCUUCAUUUUGGACAGAAUGGUCAAUUUCACCACAGUCCAUACAAACAUUUGAACACAGAACUGAGCGAGCAUCCUUAUCUUAUCUAUUUUGAACAAGGAGAAGGAAGACUUAUCGAGGCAUAUUUAUAUACAUAUGAAUAUUAAAUUGAUAAACAAUAAACCAUUAUAUAGCCACAACGUCACACGGCACACGCAGCACCAGGAAAAUUACAGCCAUGUCACGACUGCCAAUCCGGGAGCUAAGUCAGGAGCGCACGAUCGAAUGGCUGGCAGCUCAGGCUCAGACGCAGAACGAUGAAGUUGAUGAGGAUGAAUUGGAAUCCAUAGCCGAAUCAUCUGUAGUGGAUAGUCUGGACUAUGAGUACAGUGAGAGAAACGAAGAUGACGAAGAUGAUGAUGAUGAUGAUGAGGAAACAAGCGAGGAGAUAAGCACUGUUGCCUUGGGAACAACACUGCCGAUUAGCAAACGCUCUGUCAUUGGUGAUCUGCGCGAUAUAAUGAACUCAAUCAAUAGCAUACAAACGGUGGGCAAUGUAAACAUAAGCAACUCCACCAAUGUCCAUAUUGGCAAUGUGACAAAUAUCAAUGGAAACAUACAGAUAAUAGCCGAUACUGGAAUUCGUUCGCGUCGAGAACACCGCCGCAAGGUAACAACACCACCGCCAGCCUUUGAGGCUGAGGAUGAUCUCAAACAGAAUGGCAACGGCAACACAGAAGAAGCCGAGGAACGCAUUCGUUCCGAUGUGUUCAUCAGCAGGCAAAAAUUCAAAAUACCCAAAGAGUUGUGUGUCAUUAUACCCCGUUAUUCCUGGCUGGCCCAGAGACCAAUUGAAGAGCCAGCAGUUCUAGAGCGACCUGUAAAAUAUGUUGUCAUCCUGCACACGGCCACUGAAAGUUCCGAAAAGCGCGCCAUUAAUGUGCGGCUCAUACGCGACAUACAGUGUUUCCAUAUUGAGUCGCGGGAAUGGAAUGAUAUAGCCUACAAUUUCCUUAUCGGCUGUGAUGGCAACAUCUAUGAGGGUCGCGGCUGGCGGGCAGUGGGUGCUCAUACAUUGGGCUAUAAUCGCAUUGCCCUGGGUAUAAGUUUCAUUGGAUGCUUUAUGCGUGAAUUGCCCACCACGGAUGCAUUGAAUAUGUGCCGGAAUCUUUUGGCGCGUGGCGUUGAGGAAGGACACAUUUCGCCCGAUUAUCGCUUGAUUUGUCAUUGUCAAUGCAAUUCCACUGAAAGUCCAGGACGAAGACUCUACGAGGAAAUACAGACUUGGCCACAUUUCUACAAUAUUGAACGUGAAGGCCAAACGGAAUAGAUACAACAAAAGGAGGACAAGAAAAGAGCAGCACAUGAUUUUGCACCAAAAAUUGUUUUUAAAAUUUGAAAAAUUUUGCACACUUUUAAGCCUCGGGAUGCGGACAAAUAUUUCCAUUUUUUCUAAUAUUUUUUAUAUACAUACCAUUGCUUAUUUGUUAUCUAAAUCUAUAUACAUGGAUUGAAAGUACGAAA